CUGGGCGGGCAGACCCUAAUAAGGCUUAGGGCCACUGGGCCUGCGCUGGAGUGCCGCCUCCGUCUACGCAGCAACCUGCGAGUUUGCACCCAGGAGCACGCUGCAAGUAUGCCUCCCUACACCAUCGUCUACUUCCCCGUGCAAGGGCGCUGUGAGAUGAUGCGCAUGCUGCUGGCUGACCAGGGCCAGACGUGGCAGGAGGAGGUCAUCAACCUGGAGACCUGGUCCCAGAGCCCCCUGAAAAGCUCCUGUCUGUUCGGGCAGCUUCCUAAGUUUCAGGACGGAGACCUCACCCUGUACCAGUCCAAUGCCAUCCUGAGGCACCUGGGCCGCACCCUGGGGAUCUAUGGAAAGGACCAGCGUGAGGCCUCCCUGCUGGACAUGGUGAACGACGGCGUGGAGGACCUGCGCAUGAAAUACAUCACCCUCAUCUACACCAACUACGACGCGGGCAAGGACAGCUACGUGAAGGCGCUGCCCGGGCACCUCAAGCCUUUCGAGACUCUGCUGUCCCAGAACCAGGGUGGCAAGUCUUUCAUCGUGGGCGACCAGAUCUCCUUCGCCGACUACAACCUGCUGGACUUGUUGCUGACCCAUCAGGUCCUGGCCCCCAGCUGCCUGGAUGCCUUCCCUCUACUCAAGGCCUAUGUGGCCCGCCUUGUGGCUCGCCCCAAAAUCAAAGCCUUCCUGGCCUCCCCCGACCAUGUCAACCGCCCCAUUAAUGCCAACGGGAAGAAGUGAGAGUGCCUGGCUCAUUCCCCUCCAUCCCUACCCCUACCCCAGGACCAAUAAAAUUUUGUAAGGAAAA